AUGCUCGAAUAUCCGAUCAUCAGAUUGGAAGAUUAUGCGGUAUCCGACAAAAAUGGCUUCCUCCCCUCCACUCCUCCUAUCGCCAAUUUACCCAAUACAUACUAUGAGCCCUGGGAAAGCCUCGCCAGUCAAUUAUCAACACUCAUCAAAGAUGGCAGUAUCCGAUCACUAAUCGAUAAUAUGCCAAUACUCGACGUGGACUUGUUGUUGACAGAGCCGGAAUGGCAACGUGCUUAUUCGGUGUUGGGGUUCCUGACCCACGCCUACAUCUGGGGCGGCACAAAGCCCAAAGAUACAAUCCCGCCUUGUAUCACAAAGCCUUUCUUGAAGAUCUGCGCUCAUCUCGGACUCCCACCCUGUGCAACAUAUGCAGGGCUGACGCUGUGGAACUACACUGCACGCAGUGACGCCGAUAUCUCGGACCCAGAUAACCUGUCCCUGUUGACUUCGUUUACGAACACGCCGGAUGAGGAGUGGUUUCUCGUAAUCUCAGUGGCUAUCGAAGCAAAGGGUGGCAAACUGGUCACGCUUAUGCUUGAUGCUAUCGCUGCAGCUUCUGCCAACGAAGUACAGCGACUGACUGCCCUGCUGUGGAAAUUUACCGACGGCCUCCGCGACUUCACCUCCACACUUCAGCGUAUGCAUGAGAAAUGCGACCCCAGCGUUUUCUUCUACCAGCUCCGUCCUUUUUUGGCUGGUAGUAAGAAUAUGGCUAGUGCUGGUCUGCCUAGAGGCGUGUUUUAUGAUGAGGGAAAUGGCCAAGGAGAGUGGCGCCAAUACAGCGGAGGCAGUAAUGGACAGAGCUCGCUGAUUCAGACUUUUGAUAUCUUUCUUGGCGUGAAUCAUCAUGCCACGGGCGGUUUAAGUGGCUCGUCUAGCUAUCUACAGGAAAUGCGAAACUACAUGCCUGAUUCCCACAAGCGGUUCUUGGAGAUUCUUGGCCGCCACUGCAACAUCAGGUCUUUUGUGAUGUCUUCGCUGGCCGAGAAAUUAUUGAAAGAUGCAUACAAUGACGCUUGCAUGACCCUCUCUGCAUUCAGGGACACACAUAUGAGGAUUGUCUCACGGUACAUUGUCCUGGCAGCUAGACGGGGUGCGCCGACUCCGCCAUCGCCUGAUAAUGUUAACCUCGCUACCGCGAGUGCCCAGGUGGAUGGACUGAAGGAUGAGAACCCGUCUGGCCUGUAUGGGACUGGAGGAACUGCUUUGAUGCCCUUUCUUAAGCAAACCCGGGACACGACCAAGGACGCCACUUUUUAG